CAAAGGAGACGCCUGAUGGCUUCGAGGAUGAGAAACAGUCAUUGGUACCAGCAAAACCUUUGAGUUCUCCAUCUUUUUCACUGUUUCUGAGGGCUGUGGCGUCAGCUGCAAAGCUCCAGCCAGCGGCAGAAGAAGAGCAGUGGGCAGUGGUGGAGGUAGAGCUGGCUCCAGCUCCGUUGACACCACCCCCUCUAGCACUGGAGCCAGUGUCCCCUCCACCAGCAGUGUUGGAGGUGGAGCAAGGGCCAACAUGGGCUCCAGCAGGAGUAGGAGCUGCUUAGCUGGAGUCACCUGGACCAUCAUUUCUAGUGAGAAGUCCAUCUCCACCUGUGGCUCUUAAGGAGCGUGAGAAGCUUAAUCUCAUGGCCUUCCCUCCUAAGCUGGUGGUGGAGCAGUUUACCAUGAUGGAUGCGGAGCUCUUCCAGAAGGUGGUGUCCUCUCCAUGCCUGGGCUCCACGUGGGGCAAGAGGAACAAGCCCGGCAAUGAGCACCAGACACCCAACGUCCAGGCCACCGUCGACCACGUCAGAAGGGUGGCCAGCUUCCUCAUCAUCCCCUGCCUCGGGGACCCGAGCAUGACAGCCCAGGACAGGGAGUUCGAGAUCCUGAAGAACUUCUUCUCGUCCUGCACUGUCAACUCUGCUCUACAGAAAACCUUUACAAGCCACCUGAAGAACACACGGGGGAAGUUUCCCGGAAGCCAGGACCCUGCUGCUCCUUCUAUCUUCACCACAUCUCCAAGGGGCUGCACCCUGCCUGCCCCAGGGAUGUGCGUGGCAGAGGAUUCCCAUGGUCCAGGUGGAAAAACAGGCUGCUCAUCCUCAGGAGGGGCCCUCCACGUUUGCUCCCCCAGAGAGCAACCCCCAGAGAGUGCAGAAGAAGCAGCAGCAGCAGCAGGGGAAUGGGAUCAACCUUGAGAAGAGGACUGAGGAGCAGCUGUGGCACUCCCUGCAGGGGAGAGGAAUGAGGUGGAAAUCAGAGACCUUCUGGGCAGAACAGUCCUUGGCUCCACCCGCUGUAUCUUACAUUGAAUGGAAGAGUUUGAUACCAGAGAAGUGGGAGACCCAUCCAAUUGGCGACUACAGCUUGUCCUGCCAGCCAGAGCGCUAGACCUAGUUGGCCUGCAGAGUACGCAAGGCCAAGAAGAACCGGCCAUCAUCAAGGUCAGGGCCCCCAGGCCCCAACCCCGAACCCCGUACCAGUGGCCGAUCACAGCCCCAUCCUCAGCAGCGGGGACACAGCUGGGAUGCUUGCGAUGCACAGGGUCAGCUCCUCCCAUUUGAUGGGAAGGGGAGCAUUAUAAGCUGAUUCCUGGGGUCCCCUGAAGCCCAAGAGAGAAGGGAUGACCCCAUCCCAGCUCCCUGACAUCUCUACCUCAGCACCUACUCACCCAUUGGGGAGAGACAGUGGUUAUUUGUUGUAAAUAAUAAAUGACAUAUUUGAACAUUAUAUUAAAGUCCU